CAUAACACUGCACUUGUCUGAGGGAACAUCUUGAGACGUGUAAACUACAUCAGUGAGUUAAACAGGGAUUUAUAAGGCGUUACUAACAAGACGGAAUCGAGCGGAUAUGCUGCACCAGGUUGUGUUUGUGUGUCUCCUUGCUGUCAACAUUCCGGGGCUAAAGGCCGGCCUGGCCAUGAUGAGCCCCACUGCUGAUGUUGUCCAAACUGUUGUCCAAACUGUCGAUAUUACUGAUUAUAAUGCUGCAUGUGCAAGGGCCAACUGUCUGAGUCCCAGUACGUGCUACAUCGCUCACCCCAAUGACUGCUUCCGGUUCGUCAUCUGUACGCCGACGGAGCGAGGCGGCAUGCACGCGCAGGACAUGCCUUGCGCUUUCGGAACCAAAUGGUCGAGCGCUGAACCCGGAUGUGGUGGAUAUGACAUCGUGGACUGCAUGCAUGACCGGUGUAGGAGCGGUGACGUCAGUAGCUAUCUGCACGAGGACAACAACUGUCGAACGUACUGGCGCUGCGCGAACGGACGCUCUGUGCCAGCGUGCUGCGAGAAGUACCGGAAGUUCGUUCAGAUCAACAGCACUCACGGAGAAUGCGUCAAUGACGCCACAUGCGAAUCAGUCUGUCCAUUAAUGAACGACGCAACUUGUCGGAGUGGAAUCAUCCAGGCCAGCAACUUCCCGGACGGAAACUGUCUAACCUACUGGAAUUGCACAUCGGGGCACCCACAUCCGGUCUGCUGCCCACAAGGUCAAGGCUUCAACGUGUUCACUUCCGCGUGUGAUAGGAACACCAAGUGCAUAGACACGUGCCCUAAGGAAUAUGAUGACACGUGUUCCAAGACGGGCACGACGAGCUAUGACCUGGUGGACAAUAACUGUAGGACUUACAUGAAGUGUGGCAAGUCAGGUCUGGCGGAUCCGUUCUGCUGCAUGCCGGGACAGGAGUUCAGUCCAACCGCUAGGGGCUGCGUGGCGGCACGAACCGCUUCCUGUGCGCUAGAGAGUUGUCCUUUGGGAUACUUGGAAGAGUGUCGCUUUGAAGCGAUCCCCGGUGACGUCACGAUGUUCAAGUUCAUAGACGCUCACGGCGGCACGGAGAUGUCGUGUGGGGUAGGGACCGUGUUCAACAUUAGCGAGUGUCAAUGCGUCCGGGAUACCAGACCAACCACCAGCUCACCUGUCGGGAGCUGUCCUAUGGCUAUACACUUCCUACCGCCGGGUCUAAAAAACCGCGGUAGCGUCACAGCGGCGCUGCUGAUGAUCGGGAGCCACGGGCAGGGAGAAACCGGCGUCGGAAACAUGACCAGCGUCCUCUGGACCGGAGUCGAUGGGAUCAACAUCCCGUUCUAUGGCUCCCAAGACCUAUGGAUGUUCUAUUUAGAGGUUCGAGUUCGACCAACAGCGGAACCAACAGUUAAACAGGUGCUGGUGUCAAGCUGCUACUACGAUGGUGGAAUGCCGAGCCUGGAGGUCAGCUUUCCCAAGGCCGCUUCUCCAAACAUGGGCAAUAUUAUGAACAUCCAGGUCGCGGGAAUAACAUUUGCAAAUAUCUCAUACAAUCUAAAUGAAGACCUUGUGCUGAAGGUAAUCCACACACCGAGCCAUGUGGGCGUGUUCAUGUCUCAACCAGGGAAGCCAGACGUCGAGAGUAUAGUCCCUAUGUCGGAACAAGGCUUAUUUGAUAUCUACCAAGUCUACGCCAGUUCGUUGUUGGCAGGUCCGGUUAUCAUAGACCGUGGAGGGCUGAGGUUUGCUCAGUGUCGAUACGAGGACGGGGUGAAGAGCUUUAUAGGAUACGUGCAGGAGAUAAAAUUCUCCAAGUGUAUUCCUGACAUUGAGUUGUCCCGGUUUCCGAAGUGAAGGAAAUGACCUCAUCUCAAAGCAAACUACAAACUGAACAGAUGGUCGUCUUUAACAGAUAUCCGUGAACAUUGGGACUAAAGGAACAGUCUUUAUUUGAACCUCGCUCUGUGAAAAGGGGGUUAAAUGCAAGUGCGUAAAGUGUCGUACCCGAUUAGCCUCUGCAGUCCGCACAGGCGAAUCAGGGACGACACUUUCCGUCUUUACCGGAAUUUUACUAAGUCUAUUACUCAUUUCAAAAGAAAAAUAAUUUAAAAGCGUAAAGUGGCGUCUCUAAUUAGCCUGUGCGAACUGAACAGGCUAAUCUGGGACGACUUUUUUACGCACAGGCUUUUAACCCCCUAUUAACAGAGCGGGGCUGAUUUAUUAUAUUGUUAUGUAAAAAACAACACUUACACACGCAUCUAAAAUGUGUUUUGCAAUGAUUAAUGAUUUUUAUUUAACGGUCGUAUUUAACAUACGCUUGUAUAGAGACUUAACUGUCUUUCGCAAUCAAUUUUUCUCAAUUGACAAAAAACAUGAUCGCGUUUCUUAUGUGGUAAAUAGUAAUAAAAUAGUAACUGCCUUUAAUUUAGCUGACAGCUCUUUGCAUAUAUAUUAACCUGCUAAAUAAAUAGUUGAAAUAAACACAAUACGUCUGUAGAA